CAGAGCUGUCUGAGCCUUGUGGGAUUCAGCAUUGCUGCAGACACAUCUCAGAAGGCACAGAGUGACAGCACAAGUAAGCAAGAUGAAGGACUUAAACCUGUUAGAGUAACUCUUUCCUGGAAAGCACUUGGAUCCCAUUGUGAUGAGCGCUGUGUAGAUGUGAGGGGUGAUGGUCUGCCUUUAGCACUUCAGCAUCGUCAGUUCCAAACUGAAUUUGCCGUACUUGUUUGAAAUUUGUGUUCACACUGGGCCUUCCCUCACAAAUGGCUGUUUCUCCUGCUCAAGUGGUGACAAGGAUUAAUAUGCCCAGCUUAGCGUGGAUGCUUGCUGAAGUGGCCCAUGACUGGUGAGCUGAACUGGGUAGAGAAACUUCUUGGGCUGUUUUUGUCCUCUGACACUACUUAACGUCAUCUUCACUUCAGGAACUGGGUUUAUUAGCUCCAUGUCUCAGCUAAGUUGUAUUUUGACCCUUCCUUGGGAUUUCCACAGCCUUAUUUGUCAGACUUUUCUUCGAAUGGCUGCUGCCUCCACUCCAAGGCAGUUCACAUCCCUGGUAAAUAAAGUUGGUUUUAUUUUUUCCCCUCUGUCCUUGUAAGGCAUCGCUCAUUUGCAAGGCAAUGAUGAUCUGUGGCAACCUGUUCUUUCCUUAUAUCCACCUGUGGCUGGAAAGCUAGCACUAAAACCAGCUGGGUGAGAAGUGGAGCGCGGCAGAGGGUGCUCUUGUGUGCCAGGUGCCUGCAGAGCCCAUCGGCAGCGCUGCUUGCAGCCAAGGCGGGGAGAAAACCAGCCUGUUACUGGGUGAAGCACCCUCCUCUGCAGGCCAGGAAGUGAGCCGCGAUGCAUACUGCGUGGUAUCUGCUCAGAGCUGCCUGCACUGGAAGUUUCUGAAGAGGAGUAGGAGAGCUCAGAUCGAGAUGUUUGGGAAACCCUAAUUGGGAAUAACUGGGAUAAAAGAAACAAAAUUCUGCAUGUUGGCUGGCAAGGAAGAGAAUGUGAUCUAAUUCCCGCUCAUCACACUCAUCAGCAUUUGAGUUACAGCACAGGAUUGCAAAUCCACCCGCUGUGGGAUAAAACGCCCCGCAUGUGCCUCGGUGUGCUAAGAGCCCACGUUUCCAUCCGGCUGUGACGGCAGCUCCCACCCAUCAUACCCCGGCAUCGGUUUGCCUGCUGAACCCCAGAGCGUGCUCGGUUCUGUCCUGAACGCAGUCACUGCUGCAGCCCACGAUCCUCUCACUCUAAUGAGCCAAACGAGUUCAGCAAGGACCAACUAAAGCAUUGCAGGUAAUCCGUAUAAUUAAUGUGUGCUCAGACAGAAAAGAGCUGUUGUCUAAUUAAAACAUCAUUGGAGAAGGACCAGACUUCCCUGCCCGGCUCUGAUCUGAGCCAGUCUGUCCAGCCGGGUUAGUCCCUAAAACCUCUCUGUCUCACUUUCCACGCUGAAAUAAUUCCUCUCCAGGGGCUAAAGCUUCAGCUGGGGAAGUUUCCAACGGUGUGGGAUAAAAGGGUGCUACGAGUGGGCAAGAAGCUUGCUGGUUGUCGGGGUAAAGAUGUGCCGAAGGUGCUGCUGCGGGGCAGCGGGGAGGAAGCGCGGUCGCUCGAUGGGUGCAGACGUCCCUGCUCGCCCUCAGGCUGGGGUUGCUGUAGGAGCUGGGGUACCCGCACACUGGGGCAGCUGGACAGACCAUCGCGGUGCAUCUGGUCUCUCUCAGCCAGAUCAAGAUACAUAAGAAGAGCUCGCCCCCGCAGCAGUGUUAGAAACGGCUUCCCAUGGCUGCAUCCGGUGGUGAGGGGCUGGUGCGGACCCCACUCCUGCCAGCCGGUGCUGCCCUGGUUCUGCUUGGCAUCCUGGUCUACCUGGGCGCCCUGUGUGCUGCCUGCAGACGCAAGGGCAGGAAGAAGAAGGUCCCUUCAGAUGGGGUGAAGCUGGUGGAUGAGUCCCUGCUCAGACAGACGCAGCUGCGCUCGCUCAGCAAGUCCGACACGAAGCUACACGAGCUGUACCGGGUGAAGGCCAGGGAUGACGCCCAGCGGCCGGCCAGCCUGGACACCCCCUGCGCUGUGACCCCCGGUGCUGACUCCCUGCACAGCUCCGGCCUCAGCAUCCUCCUGCACCGCGAGCUGCCCCAGAUCCCUGUCCCCGAGCCCCCUGCCACCCUCCCGGGCCCCGACCAGACCUACUCCAACCUGCUCUUCCCGCAGCUGCGGAAGCCAGUGCCAGACACAGUCUAUGAGUGCCUGGCAGUGGAAGGGGAGGAUGCCCUGGUGCCCCCAGUGCCCACCGGCAUCCAGGGGUGCCCCCCGCGUGCUGGGCACGGGGCGGCCGAUUACGCCUGUGUCCGCAAGGUGAAGAGGACGGUGCUGGUGGAGUCACAGGAUGGGGAUGUGACGAGGCUGCCCGCAGCCCCGCUGUGCUGGGACAGCGUGGGCAAUGCCCCCCAGGCUAAGCUGGAAGAGAUGUACUCGACGGUGUGUAAAGCCACCAAGAAGAAAGCCCACGUCCCCACAUCAUCCCCAAGGGAGGCGGGUGCUGCAUGGCCGCAGCCUCGCCGGGAGGAGGGGGCCCUGUCUGGGUGCUGGUCCCCAGCAGCUCCAGCCCCUCCAGACCCCUGCUACGAGUCCAUCAGCAACCGAGCCUGGACUGCUCAGCGCCGUGGCCCCGACCCGGACUACGAGGCUGUGGACAUUAACUGGAAGAAGGCAGUGAAACGGGACAAGCCAGGGAAGCCCCGUGUCCCUGAGAACCUGUACGAAAGCGUUGGUGACAUUCGGGCAGGGGAGCCCCGUGGAGGCCUCGCCAGGACGGCAGCCAACGGGCUGGAGGUGUACAUCACCAACCUAUAGCAUCCCCUACAGCAUCCCUGGCACGGCGCCCGGGGCAUCCUCCCCACCAGCUGAUCCACGCCAGUAUGGGCACAGACGAUUCCAGCGCCCACCGCGGUGGCUGCAUCCCUGCAAGCGCUUUCUGUAUCUGUUUUAUGCCCCUUCAAGCAUCCUUAUCGCAUUGCCAGCAGGUUGACAGUGGGAUGCCCCACGAUAGGCAGUUUGCGGGUACUGGGUGCCACGCAGAAGCCCCAUGGGACACGGCUGGUGCUGACACCAAGAUGGGAUCCAGGUUGGGACUGGUUGUGUUCUGGGGGAGGUGGCAAGGCUGUGGGCCAGCCCCACGGCCCUGGGCUGCAGAAUCAGGCCCCUCAUCAGCAGGGUUGUGCCAUGAAGGUCUCCAUCCUCCUCCCUGUGUCUUGGGGACAGCAGCGCCCCAUCCAGCCCCCAGAAAGCGUCAGGCAGCUUCACUCUCUUCACUGAAUGUCCCUGUUUCUGGGGACAAGGGGCAGCCCUGUGUCUUGCUACAAGGCAGUGUGGACUGUGGGCUCUGCUUUGUCACCUACUCCGACCUUUUGGAUACAUGCAAAGGUGCCUCCUUGAGCAGCCAUCUUCCAAACACCAUUAAAAGGCUGAGAGGCAUUGUCUUAGUCAGGAGAAAACACUCCAAAAACGCUUGUAAAGCCCUGUUUCUGGCGACUGGUGCUACAGCGACGCAGCAGUGCUGGUGCUGGGAGAGCAGCUUUGGGCACGGCGUAACUGUGAGUGUGCCCACAGGGCUGGUUUUACACCUCCAAGGUGGGGACGUGCAGCACCAAGAGCUGCCAAAACGGGGCGGCCCAUCCCGGAGCAGGGACUCGCUCUGCACAAGGUCAGAGUUGGCGCUGGGAAGUGUUCACACAGUGUUUGCUGCUCGCUGCCCUCAUGUCAGUCCCAUGGGUGCUGCAGCUUUAAUGGGUACCAAAAAUCCUUGUGUGAGCUGGACAUGUGCCCAGAGCACUGACUACAAGGCUCAAACUUCCUUCCUCUUCACCCCAUGGGAAGUUUGGCAUCUCUGCCCCAAGGGAUGCCCAGAGUCCUUGGGGUGAU